AUGGAUGAACCACCGGAUACCGGCAAUGCUACGCCACCGUUGGCCACUCAAUUGGUCCAAACAGAACCGAAACAAGUAACAGAGCAGAAACAUUCGGAAUUGCCAACACAUUCAAGGGAAUUGAUCAUUGCUAAUCUCCGCAAACUCUCUGACUCUCUCUCCACAUUCCAACGGUGUUUAACUGGGCUACGAUUACAUAUCGAUUCCUCCUGUAACUCAAUCCACUCGUUCUCUAUGCUAAUGCUCCCACCCCCAUAUACAACUAAUACCAAUUCGUUAUCACCGCCAGCAGUGUCAAUCCCAGAGCCAGAACCAUCCCGGGAAUUUGACCCUUCUGAGGAGGAGGAAGAGGAAGAGGAAGAGGAGGUGGUGGGAGUGGGAGUGGGAGAGGAAGAGGAAGAGGAAGAGGAAGAAGAGGUGGAGAAGGAGGAGGAGGAGGAGGAGGAGGAGGAAGAUGAAGAUGAAGAUGAAGAGGAGGUGGUAGGAAUGGGAGUGGAAGAGGAAGAGGAAGAAGAGGGAGAGGGAGCGAAAACCCCUCUUUGUCCAGAGCUGGCAGGCCUCUGCAAAGCAAUGGACAAUCGUGGUCUGAAGCACUACAUGGUAAAGCAUCUCUCGGAUAAAAAAAGUCUGCGUGAACAAGUCCCCAAGGCAUUGAAACUCUCGGAAAAUCCAGCCAUGCUCGUGUUGAAAUGUCUCGAUAAGUUUUAUCUUCAGGGGAGCCGUGCCUACGUUCAGGGGUCACAUAUGAUCCUUCAAAGGGAAGCUUCUGUAUUGGCUUUGGAGUGCUUAUUGUUGACGAUGGUAGAGGGCGAGAGAGUAGUUGAGAUUGCGGAAGGGGUGAAGAAAGAUGCCAAGCAGGCAGCUCUAGCAUGGAAGGAGAGGUUGAAUUCCGAAGGAGGGGUAAGAAAGGCUUAUGACAUGGAUGCCCGAGGUUUGCUAUUGCUCCUUGGAUGUUUUGGUAUUCCAUCAUAUGGAUUUUUACAUUCGGAUAUCAGUUAUUUGCUUCAGUUGGGCGCCAAGUUAAUUUCUGGUGUCCUCAGGAGAUCAAGUAUUUUCAUGGAAUAUAUCCCAAAACUAAUACAGUGGGGGGUGAAGGGCAAUGUAAUUAACGCAAUUGACAUUGCCUAUACUUUUGGUUUUGAGGAAAAACUUGAACCUCUGGGACUCUUAACAUCAUUUUUAAAAGAGUCCGAGGAGACAUUGUCGAAAAAAAUCAAGGGAUUUAAACAAACUAUUACUGUGCGUGCAGCAAAAAAGAGAUAUUUGUUUGAUCUGAAAUCUGUUUACGGAUGUUUGAAACGUCACAGGAUUGAUCCUUCCAAACUUGUUCCCGGAUGGCAAUUCAAUGUGAAAAUAAUGAGCUUGGAGCAAGAAAUUGCUGAAUUGAAUGAGCUUGUAUGUCAGGAAGAACUUGCUGAAUUGGUUAAGGAUAUACGUGAUCAGAAGAUGGCACAAAAGAGAAAGAUUGAUGAGACUGAGUCAUCUGGAUGUUUCAGCAACAAAGAAAUGAAAAACUCAUAUUUUCCAAAUCCAUGGCCCCCGCAUCAGCAAAAAGUUGUUAAUCAUGUUGAUAAUAGCAACACCACCUUGUUAGAAGGUGGUGGAGCGGGUGGUCACAUUUAUGGUUAUUCUCUGGCCCCAUCGGUAUUGCAUGCGCCUGUUGCAGGCACGAUACAUGAGAAUGUUAUUGGCUCACUGCCGGGACCUGUGGGAGGUGUUGCGGCCAUGGGUGGAGCUGGGGCAAGUAAAUCAGUGCAAGGAGGUUCAUGUGCUGGAGUUCAUGGACUGAAUUUAGUUGAUAGUACACCUGGGCAAAUAGGAAGUCAUACUGGUCAGCUAUGUGGACGACUUGGUGAUGCAAUCGUGUAUGACAGAUUGGCCUCCCACAGCUAUGCUUAUAGGCCAUUAUCCUACUUGGAAGGCUCAGGCUCAGGCUCUAUGGGGUUGCCAAACUCCAUAACUGUUGAUGCUUAUGGGUCUCCACCAUACUUGGAAGCCUCUACGGUCUUGCCAAGCACCCUACUUGGUGAUGCUUAUAAGCCUCCAUCAUACUUGGAAGCCUCUACAGGGUUAUCGAACACCAUACCUGCUGAUGCUUAUAGGCCUCUACCGUACUUGGAAGCCUAUACGGGGUUGUCAAACCCCAUGCCUGCUGAUGCUUAUAGGCCUCCACCAUUCUUGGAAGCCUCUACGAGGUUGCCAAACACCAUAACAGGUGAUGCUUAUAAGCCUCCACCAUACUUGGAAACCUAUACAGGUUUUCCAAACACCAUACCUGCUGAUGCUUAUAGGCCUCCACCAUAA